UCGCAUGAAGACAGCAUCAGUCUGGUGUGACAUUUUGACCGGCAAAAAUGAGUCCUCCGCCAAAACAGUCCACGACAUGUGCUACAGUCCCGACGGCGCCCAGGUGAUUGUUGCGGCCGGCAAUCACGUAGUAAUAUAUGAUGCGAUUGAAGGAACUGUAAUCAAUGCUUUGAAAGGUCAUAAAGACACAGUUUACUGUGUAGAAUAUGCAAAAGAUGGAAAACGUUUUGCGUCCGGAUCGGCGGAUAAGCAAGUCAUUAUUUGGUCCAACAAAGGCGAAGGUAUUGUGAAGUACCCACACAAUGAUUCGAUCCAGUGUCUGGCGUAUAAUCCGGUCACUCAACAGUUGGCAAGUGGGGCUAUUUCGGAUUUCGCGCUGUGGGCCCCGGAGGCUAAAAAUGUGACGAGGAACAAAGUUCCUGCUAGGAUAACUUCCUGCAGUUGGACGAAUGACGGCCAAUAUCUGGCACUUGGUCUCGCAACAGGUGUGAUCAGUUUGCGAAACAAAAACGGAGAUGAUACCAAGGUCAAAAUAGAGAGACCUGGAGGUAGCUCUUCCCUGCCCAUUUGGGCUCUCCAAUGGAGUCCCGCCAAAGACGAUUCUCAAGACAUAUUGGCAGUAGCAGACUGGAACCGAAAGCUUUCAUUCUAUCGACUAAACGGAACGUCGGUCAGCAAAGACGUUGACAUUAGAUUUGACCCUUUGUUUCUGAAAUUCUUCGCGUCCAAUGAUUUUAUUGUGUGUGGUGGUUCGGGUAAUGCCGUGAGUUUGUUCACGAAAGAAGGAAAAGAGAUAGGAGUUAUUGCCGAUUCGAAAACCCCCAAUGUCCUGGUAGAUAGUUGGGUAACAUGUUGUGCACCGCAUCCGGAAGAAAACGCGGUAGUGAUUGGUACGGCAUCGGGUAAAGUAGCGAAGAUGGCGAUUACAUUUAGCACUGUUCAUGGGUUAUACCGCGAACGAUACGUGUACAGAGUUGGGGUUACUGACGUGAUAGUUCAACAUCUGUUGACCUCUGAUAAGGUCAGAAUUCGAUGCAAAGAAUUGAUAAAGAAAGUCGCCGUGUACAAAAAUAAACUAGCUAUUCAAUUGAAUAGCAGAAUUCUUAUCUACGAGUUGAACGAUGCAGACUCUAUGACAUACAGGAUCCACAGUAUGAUGCACAUGAACAUAGAUUGUAACCUGCUGGUCGUUACAUGUGAACAUGUAAUCCUAUGUAUGGAAUCAAAGCUACAGUCCAUAACUUUUGAUGGAGUUACUGAACGUGAAUGGAUUCUAGACUCAUCGAUUCGGUACAUCAAAGUUAUUGGAGGCGCUAAAGGUCGAGAAGGCUUACUUGUUGCUCUCUCUAGCGGUCAAGUUCUGCUUGUGUAUAUAGAUAACCCAUUUCCCAUAAGCGUGCUGAAGCAUUCAUUGCCGAUUCGUUGCCUGGACAUGAGCUCUCAACGAAAGAAAAUAGCAAUUGUCGACGAGGAAAACAUGUGCUUAGUUUUCGAUGUCAAAACUAAAGAACUUCUGUACCAAGAACCGAAUGCAAAUAGUGUAGCUUGGAACACACACAACGAGGAAAUGUUGUGCUUCUCGGGGAAAGAUACAUUGAACAUAAAAGCGUCGACGUUCCCAGCUCACCAGCAGAAAAUGUCGGGAUAUGUUGUUGGUUUCUGUGGAUCCAAUGUCUUCUGUCUCGGAUCUGCUUCUACGAUGACUUCGGUCGAAGUUCCCCAAUCGGCCGCAAUGUAUCAGUACCUAGAGCGCAAGGAGUUCAGAUCUGCAUAUGAAGUUGCAUGCCUAGGAGUUACAGAUACAGACUGGACAAACUUGGGUAAACAGGCCUUAGACGCGUUACAAUUGGAAAUAGCAAAGCAAGCCUUCAAGAAGACGAGAAAUCUGACAAUGUUGGAGCUGAUUCACUCGAUUGAAGAGCGAAGUCGAAGGAACCCAAUUACAGAACCAAAUAACCAAAUGAUGUUCCAAGCGGAUAUUGCAGCCUAUAGGGGCGAGUUUUCAAAUGCAGCUAAAAUGUACAGAAAGGCGGGUCAGGAUAACAGAGCGGCCACAAUGUAUACUGAUCUGAGAAUGUUCAAAGAGGCUCAAGAGUUCAUGGGUGAUUCGACCGAGAAGGAAAAGAAAGAGUUGAUUUCAAAACAAGCUGAAUGGGCAAAAACUACGAAUGAUGCUCUAACUGCAGCGACAAUGUUCUGGGAAGCGGGACAACGACUGAAAGCUCUGGAGAUAUACGGAGAAAGUAGAAAUUACAAUGAGUUACAGAAUAAGUUGAUAUUUUUGGACAAGGCAGAUAAGAAUGAGCUGAAGUUAUGUUCGAGAUAUUUCAAAGAGGGAGGUCAGUUAGCCUACGCGGCUGAAGCUUAUCAGAAGCUGGGCGACAAGAAAGGCCUUGUUGACCUCUUCGUACAGUUCCAUUCAUGGGAACAAGCUUUUGAGUUCGUGCGCAACAACCCUGAAUUCAAAGAGGACGUCUUCUUCCCCUACGCUAAACACCUGGCUGAGGAGCAAGGAGACUUCGAGCGUGCACAAGAGUUCUUCUUCAAGGCAGGCAAAGAAGAAGAGGCCGGGAAAGUUCUAGAAGCUUUGACCAAAAACGCUGUUGAUCAAAAUCGGUUCGAGGACGCAGGAUUCUUCUACUGGAAGCUAUCGGCUAUGUGUAUAAAAAUGGCAUGCACUCAUGGCGAGAAAGAACAAGCGAUGAUGUCGAAAUACUACAGCUUCCAGAAACUGGCUACAAUGUACUACACCUUCCACGCAGUUCAUAGAUACACUGAGGAACCAUUCACGUCUCAUUUACCCGAAGUUCUCUUCAGUAUUUGCAGGUUUCUGCUGCAUUCCAUGCUCGAAAAAGGACAUUUCAGUUUCGUUCCAAAAGGCAUAUCAAAGGUGGCUACCUUUUUAACGCUUGCAAAGCAAAGUUCCAACCCAAAUAUCGCUGCUUAUAAACUGGCGAGACAAGCGUAUGAUAACUUGCAACGGUUGAGCGUACCUGUUAAGCAUCAGGAGAGCAUAGAUAUUGGAACUCUUAGUGUGAAAGCGAAGCCCUGUUCUGAUAAUGCGGAGGUAGAACCUCUGUGCUUCCGAUGUCUUCAGAAGAAUCCCUUGCUCAAUAGACUGGGUAACUCGUGUGUGAAUUGCAAGCAGCCGUUCAACUUUUCGUUCAUUGGGUUUGAGAUCCUACCACUCGUUGAGUUUGUACCUGAAAGUGGAAUUUCAAGAGACGAGGCCAUGCAACUGAUAUCUUUGGAACCACCAAAGUCCGGAAAGAAACCAAAUCAAGACCGAGACUUAAUCCGACAGGAGAACGGAUACGAACAACUUCGGCUUGGAGAUGACGAACCUCUCGGUGACGAAGGAGACGACGAAAGUGCAAUGGAACGACUCAUUAACACCGAAAUGAUGUCACUCGGGGCACAAGACUCCUAUGAAGCAAUCCGAGUCAGUCGAGACAUUCUAAAGUCUCUGGAACCCACAGCGGUUCUAGUCCAGAAAUGGGACGAACCGCUGCAAUGGCAAUUUCACUGGAUGCGUCUGAGAACCCAACCUAUAACGGUCUGCUCAUCGUGUCAGUUCAUGUUCUUAACCGAUGACUGGUUUCUAGCGUCUCUGUCAAAGGGUCACUGUCCUUUUUGCCGGAGAACCAGUUCAAGAAAUGAUCACAUCGCAAGCACGAAUUCUAACUUAUAUGUACAAAAUGGACUCCCGUCUAGCAACGGAUACCUAAAUGGAAUUCUGUAAAUGAAGUGUAAAUAUUUUGUGCAUAUUCAUGAAAUUUAUUUGGCUUCCCAAUUUUGAAACUCAACUAAGCCUUGCUAAAGACUAUUGCUGCCUUAAUGCGAAUUCUGUAUUGGGAUGUCUAUAUUCCUUGUAACUCUACUCUCGCGUGAUUUGAAACGGCAUUAAAUGUAAAUAUGUAGAAAUAUUGUCAAUUAAAAUUUCUAGAAAUUGUUGCUGAUUAGACCAAAGCUGAGUAAUAAAGGGAAACCCGACCAAGA